CUGUGGCUGCAGACAGUAGAGACCACACCCCAAAGUCAGGUGUACGUCCACAGUGCAGACUGGAAAAGAGGUGGAGGAGAACCAGUUCAGCAUUGUUCGCAGUCCGCUCAUCUGCCACCUCUGGACGACGAAGCAGUCUGGGGAGAUCAAGAAAAUAAGGAUUAGAGGACAAUAUUUAGAGAGUGGCAAAAUCCUAAGACGUCCCCAAGAUUCUGCCCCGUGGUAUAUACCCCUGUAAAUUCCUUCCUAUUGAGUGUGGCUAGAGCCUGUGAAGAUGAUGGAAUAAGUUACUCCCGUGACAACAAUACAUGGUAUAAGACUGGAGAGAGUCACCUGCUGGUGUUGAAGAGGCAAGCUGCUGUGUUGUUAGAGGACCACGUGACUAGGACCCUAGAGCAGCUACUAAAUUUGUGGUGUCAUGCCUAGAAAUUACCUUCAACUCAAAUGAUGAAGCCUGGCAUACUGUGACAUCUGGAUCUGAAGAAAGUGGAGAGAGUGAAAACCAAAGGGCUGGUUUCCCAACUUCGCAUGGUGAAGCCUCCAGCUUCUGUGAUGGUGCCUGGAAGGCGGAGGGAAAGUAUAGGUUGAGAUGGAGAAAUAAUCGACUUUCUUGAAGAAUACCUUGAUCUCUUGUUAGGUGAAACAGCAGGACUUAUCUAUUCACAACAGUUUCCCUCGGAUGGGCUCAGAGCUGUGGUGGACGUUUGUGGUGUGGGAUGAUCUGGCCCUUGUCAUUUCUCAUCUUCCCCACUCAGGAAGCGUUUACAGGGGAUUGAGGCAACUAAAGAGGCUGAAGACAGUCUGAUGGGCUCGGUUGGUAGGCUGCAUUAUCUCACCAUGACUGCCGAAAAUCCAGCGCCUGGAGACCUGGCUCUGGCUCCUCUUGUCACUUGCAAACUCUGCCUGUGUGAACAGUCUUUGGACAAGAUGACCACACUUCAGGAAUGCCAGUGCAUCUUUUGCACAGCUUGCCUGAAACAGUACAUGCAGCUGGCGAUCCGAGACGGAUGUGGGUCUCCCAUCACUUGCCCUGACAUGGUGUGCCUAAACCACGGGACCCUGCAGGAAGCGGAGAUCGCCUGCUUGGUACCCGUGGAUCAGUUUCAGCUUUAUCAGCGGUUAAAAUUUGAACGAGAAGUUCACCUGGACCCCUACCGAACGUGGUGUCCCGUCGCAGACUGCCAGACAGUGUGCCCCGUUGCCUCGGGCGACCCAGGACAGCCCGUGCUGGUGGAGUGCCCUUCUUGCCACCUGAAGUUCUGCUCGUGCUGCAAGGACGCGUGGCAUGCCGAGGCCUCCUGCAGAGACAGCCAGCCUAUCGCCGUGCCAACGGAGCACGGGGCCCUCUUUGGGGCAGAUGCAGACGCCCCCAUCAAGCAGUGCCCAGUUUGCCGGGUGUAUAUCGAACGCAAUGAAGGCUGUGCCCAGAUGAUGUGCAAGAACUGCAAGCACACGUUUUGCUGGUACUGUCUCCAGAACCUGGACAACGACAUUUUCCUCAGACAUUACGACAAAGGGCCAUGUAGGAACAAGCUCGGCCAUUCAAGGGCCUCAGUGAUAUGGAACCGGACACAGGUGGUUGGGAUUCUUGUGGGGUUGGGCAUCAUUGCCUUGGUGACUUCACCCUUGCUGCUUCUGGCUUCCCCGUGUAUCAUCUGCUGUGUCUGCAAGUCCUGUCGGGGCAAGAAGAAAAAGCACGACCCGUCCACAACCUAAAGAUCCCUGCUUGUGUCUGCGUGCCACACACACGAGACAGCACAGCGACAAAGCCCACUUAGUGAACUCGCCUCCUUUUUCUUGCCAAAUUUUGGAAGUGCCUCUGUGUCCAGACUUUGAACUUGCCUGCCCGCCUGUGGCAUCAGCAAAGGCCAAGCACUGGUGUGUGUACUCCUGAGUAAAGAGCAUCGGGUUCUGCAGUCCAGCCUGUGUCUGUGGAGCACAUCAGAAGCUUCGGGUUCUUGGGAAGGAACUAACCCAGCCGUAUCAUCUGCAGGAUCCCACGGGACUGUUCAACUUCCAGCCACAUUCAAGGAGCCUGAGUGGACAUUCAGUAUAAUAAAGGUGUUGUCAUGGUUGGCAACACGCAUGAUAAUUGAGAAGCAGGGUCUGUGCUGUGUUGAUUUGGCUACCAUGGGAGAGGUGGGGGAAACCCCGUGGAUAAGGCUAUUUCAGGGAGCAUUCUUGUCAGACUGAUAAAGCAGGCUGCUUAUCUCGGGAGUCGAUAUGGUGGCUCCACCUCUGCCAGCUACUGGGUGUGCUUGCCCAGCGUUCCCACGGGGACCGGGCAGAGGCACAAUAGGUUUCUCCUCGUGUGAUCUCAGCUUCAAGCAGGAGAAACUGCUGUGCAGAGGAAGUUGUCCCUUCCCAGUAAAAGGGUUUCAACAUAUAAAACAAUAUGGUCUAAUUUAGUCUCUCUGCCUUGGCAAGUGUAACUUUUUUAAGCUGAUAAACUCUUCUCGUGCAGCCAAUAGCUGCUGUCGGCAAACUUGUUUUACAUGAAGUAUUUGGGUGGAGCGGCAGAGGUUCAGACCUUCGUCAUAGAUAGCAGGGCCCCUUCUUGAGCUCUGUUCAUACACCCCCAAGAUUUAGAAUUAGACCUAAAAGUACACGUGAAGAGUGAGUAUUGAAGUCCAUAUGUACAUCUAGAACCCAUGUAUCUCGCUGCCUACCUAGAAAUACUAUCCACUGGGCAUGCCUGGAUAGACACACAAAAUAACAGUGUAUUACACACACUAGUGCAACACACAAAAGAAAUGUCUAUGUAAAAGCCAUUCUCUAUUUCCUCCUGUGACUAAUCUUGUUUAUUAUAAAUCAACCUAAACAUUUUUUUGCAUAUUGUAUAUAUAAAUUUUGGUUGCAAGUUCUUAACUUACGCAAGUAUAGACUCAUAAACAUAACUCUUUUAAAACAAUACUUAGUAAGACAUCAUGCCAUCUCAGUUUGUAAAAGUACUGAUCGAUAAUCAUGUUAUUUAUGUUUUUUUGUUGUUGUUUUAGCGAGAGGAAGGGAGAGAGAGUGAGAGAAACAUUGAAAUGAGAGAGAAACAUCAAUCAGUUGCCUCUUGUAUAAGUCCCAACUGGGGGCCAAACCCACAACCUCGGUAUGUGCUCUGAGCAGCACUCGAACCUGAGACCUCAUGGUGUACGGGACAGCGCUCCAACCAGCUGAGCCACUCGGCCAGGUUAUUUCCAUAUUUUCAAACAGAGUUCAGAGCAGCUGUCUUCUCAGCAGUUCAGUAUCUGUCAGGGCAGCCAGAAUACUUUUCUGCAUGUACAAGGCACUGAUGGAACAAAAUUACAUAAGAAAUAAAAUGAACCCUGGCCGGUUCUGCUCAGCCGUUAGAGCAUUGACCUGUGGACCAAAGGGUCACAGGUUCUAUUCCAGUCAAAGGC